GAUCUUUGCAGAGACUAAGUCCAGCUGUAGAGACUUUCAGACUUUGAGUAGUGCAGCGGAAGUUUGAGACAGUUGAACCCUUGUACUAGUAUGUGAGAACAAGAUCUUUCCAGAGACUAAGUCCCAGUUGAAGAAUGAGACUUGAGUAGUGCAGCGGAAGUUGAGGCAGUUGAACCCUUGUACUAGUAUAUGAGAACAAAUCUCGGUAGCUAGAAUGGGCACAUGCGGAGUACAUAGAUUCUUCCUGACGGCAGCACUGCUGUCGUGUAGCUGGCCUUCCCCCAAGAAUGCUACCCGUUGCGGGUCGGAGAACUGCCAUACACGUGAUGCUUGAUCGCAAAAUGCCGAGUACCCUCCAGCAUGGCAUCAAUGCAUGCACGUGAUGCUCGAGGCGAAACCGACCCUGGAGCUGCGCAGUGCUUGUGCACAGUAUGCGCUGCAUGCGCCAAGAUCGAGUUGGCCCUUCGCUGAAGUUAAAGACGACGGCCAAAACGUCAUUCCCCGAUUGAACCGAAGCCACGUUGCCCUUCUCUGAAGUCAGACGGCCCCCAAGGCCAAGACGCCUGAUAAAGUCGUCAGUAAUGACGACUGCCCAGCAUUUGUCAUGCAUGCCAGUGCUAGUACUACUACUAAAACGCCAUGCCGCCGGAUGAAGCGAAUUCGCCGUCCCAGUCCUCUUCGCUCGCCGUUCAGCCGCGGCGGUCACCGCGGUGGUGGUCCGCAGAAGAGGACGCUGUUCUAUUGCGCCACGCCCUGCGCUGCGGCACGAGGCAGUGGGGAGAGCUGGGAAGGAGCGGUCAGUUGAAGUGGAGCGGCAAGUCGUGCUGUAACCGUUACAUCUUCCUCAAAAGGAAGUUUCUUCAUCGCAGAACAGAGCGCCUGGGAGGUGCCGCUGUCGCAUUCCCCCAAGGCAUGGCCUUGGAGGGGCCGAGCCAGUUCCAGCCUUGGCAUGACGACCAGCAGCAGCAGCAGCAGCAGCAGCAGCAGGGGGAGGAUGGCGUCGGUUCACCCGGGUUGCCGACACCUACUCUUACUUUCGGUGGGCUGUCGUUUGACGAGUGCAGGAGUGUGUUUCUCUCACCCAAUGCCCGCUGCUCCAAUGCUCGUUUUUCCAGUGCUCCCUUCUCCAAUGCUUCUUUUCCCGGUGCUGCUGCUGUCUCCAAUGCUCCGCCUAUUGCUUCUGCUUCCAGUGGACCUGUCUCCGACGCUGCUGCUCUGGCGAAUGGAACCGCUUAUGUCGGCGCAGCUGCACUCAGCUUGCCGAUGAAGCGAGCGAGAGAGGACUGGAUUGGGCUGGAGGACCGGAGCGGGGUGACUUUUGAGUCGACUCAGAAGUCACCUCUGGCGAGUGGAACCGCUUGCGUCGGCUCAGCUGCACUCAGCCUGCCCUUGAAGAGAGCGAGAGAGGAAUGGAACGGGCUUAUGGCGACUGCAACGGAGCUGAGUCGAGCCGAGAGAGCGUGGGCCACUUUUGAGUCGACUCAAAAGGGCUGGAGCGGAGGGCUUAUGACGGACGCACCGGUGCUGAGUCGAGCCGAGAGAGCGUGGGCCUGCCGCACCAUGAGGCACUCUGAGUCCUCGGAGCAGCAGCAGCUGCUGCAGGGGGCGGAGAGUGACAUUCUGGACGAUGUGCUGAUGCAGCAGCAGCAGCAGCAGCAGCGGCGGCGGUGGCAGCGGCGGCGGGUAUUUCGGCCUUGCGUGGAGUCGGAGAGUGCCCUUCCAGGCGAUGUGCAGCCGGGAUUCCUUAGCGCGGAUCCCAACUUCAGCGCACCGCGUGCUGCUCUCUCAGCACCUCUCUCCACCCACCUGCAGCCUGCACUUCCUGCACCCAUGCGCACCCAACUCCCUGCUCUGCCUGGUUCUGCUCCCGGGGGGAAGAGCAGCUUCUCUGGAGACAUUUAUUUUCUCUCCAAUGAAAGCAUUUCUGGGGGGCAGGAGUUGGUCCCGUGCACUGAGGCAUGCAGCGCAGAGCAGGAGAGCGACUCCCUUCAAGAAGAGCUUCCCACGCCAGCACCCCGCCUCUGGCUGCCUGGCCUCCCGCCUGUCCCCUGCUUGCGGCGCCCCUGGACUCCCCUGCAGUCCCCUCUGACCCCUCGUGCUUUCUGCCACCUGCUCUUGGGGACUGAGCCUCUGGGGCGAGUGCUGGCAGCCCCAGGCGCUGGGGAAGAGCUGGAAUUCGUGGCAGAUUGGACGGUGGAGGAGCAGAGAGGGACUGUGGAGGAGGAGCAUGUUCAGCCGCACAGGCACCAGCAGUUGAACGGCCCUCAGCGCCCAGAGCUCGUCCCGCUGUGCCAGCCACUGUCCCAGCCACUGUCCCAGCCACUGUCCCAGCCACUGCCCCAGCCACUGCCCCAGCCACUGUCCCAGCCUCUGUCCCAGCCUCUGUCCCAGCCUCUGUCCCAGCCUCUGUCCCAGCCUCUGUCCCAGCCUCUGUCCCAGCCUCUGUCCCAGGCGUUUCUGCAGACUUUCAGUUCUCAGCAGCCAGUGGCCCCUGGAAACAUUAGCAGUAUCUCCAACAUCCCUCUACAUGGAAGGCAGAUGCCCCCGAGUCUAAGAGGCUCGCACAUGCAAGCUCCCAUGCGGACAAGCCCUGCCUUGCUGCCAAUUCCCUUGAUUACACCACCGGCCCACGAGUCUGCUGCCCACUCGCACCAACAACCCGGCCCUGCCUUGCUGCACGAGCCCGGCACUGCACCAGAACUCACGGACCCAGCAUUAUCUUGGCCUGACAUGACCUUUACUCUGGGCGGCGAUGGGGAUUCUUUGCUUGCCAGGGUUGGUCAUGGCCUCAACUCGGAUGCUCGCACCUCGACUAAUCUGCUCGUGCUUGGAGGAACAACCAACUUGAAGACUGAGAAUAAUGGGGAUGCGGUUUUGAUUGACCGUACCAACACUUCGCAUGAACCCUUAAAUCUCUCACAUGCAGUGAAGCUUGCUGCUGGGAUGCCACCAUUCGCCCACAUUCUCGCCCCGAUUCAUCGGGGUCGUUCUGGCCAAGCGCCUAAUGUUGCACUGGUCUUUGCCAGUACUAUGCUGCCUUGUUUGUCACACAAAAGAAAUGGGGAUUAGCUUGUAAUAAAUAGUGCCGUACUUGCACGUACUGUUAGAAUACUAGAAUAAUUAGAAAGAAGAGAGAACAAGGGAGAUUUAGGGUUUGGUUUGUACUCUCUAAGAACAC